AUGAGCAGAAGGCAUGUGAGCAUCCUUUAUACCAAUACUGUCGCCCCGAUAUGUGCGCCGCGGCGGAUCACGAGAUGCUUCUCUACUGCCAGCGUGCGGCAAAAUGCGGCAACUUCAAAGACGGCUGAAGGCGAGGACGCCUCUGAGACACAGAAUGAGCGGCCGGAGGAAGAGGGGGCUAUGGCCCGAAGGCUUUCGGAAAUGACAGAGCAAGCUAUGCUGGAAGGAGGCCGGUCCGCGCGCAGAAACAUGCAACAGGCGGGGUUCUCGGACGAAUUGAAGCAACAGCUGGAGGAAAGAGUGGCGGCGGCGGCUUUCAAGAAUGAGUACGUGGCUGCGCACUUUAUUCUCGAUAUGCCGUCAAGCGCAGGCCAAGGGACACGAGAUAUCGCCGGAGCACAGCCAUGGACAGGAACAGAGAACGCCCACGACAUCACUCUUCGGAUGCUGGAUGAUUCCAAGAAACGGAUGCGCACGCCAUAUAAAAUCCCCCAACCAAAGCCGGUGGACAUGCGGAUUAGCCCAAAGCCCAAAGCAUCCGCUGGAGUGCGUCUCGCGAAUGCCAAAGAGCGCACUGCGACGUAUACCCUGAGUCAGAAUCAAGGAAUUUCAGAUGAAGAACGUGAAGCUAUGCGUCGAGAGAUGCGCGAGCGGUUCUCUCCCGGUGCGCGACCUAUGCCCGCCACGCUCCAGGGCUUGACGUCGCUCGCCAACGAGCGGAUCGAAGAUGCGAUGGCGCGGGGCCAGUUCCACAAAAUAAAAAGGGGCAAGGGUGUAAACACCGAGACCGAUCACAGGGCCAAUAGUCCGUUCAUCGAUACUACCGAGUACUUCAUGAACAAGAUGAUCCAGAAGCAGGAGAUUGUACCGCCGUGGAUCGAAAAGCAACAGGACCUGGCUAGGGAGGUUGAUCGGUUCCGUUCGCGCCUGAGGGCCGAGUGGAGACGACAUGCGGCACGGCUUAUUGCCAGCGAUGGAGGAUCCCUGGAUGCGCAGAUGAGACGGGCCGAUGCGUAUGCGGCUGCGGAGGCGCGGUUGGCGGAAAGGGCCAAGAUAGAGCAGGCGUUCCGCGAUGGCGACAGUCUGGCGUCUUCGGAUGUGGGCAUUGCUGGAGGACAGGACUCUUCAAUUGUAUCUGCGGCCCAGAAGGGCCCAGAUGGUGCAACUGCUGAACCACAGGAGAAAGAGCCUUUACCAUAUGUCUCCCCCCUGCGUGAUCCGCAAUACAUGAACACGGAGCGUUCAUUCCUCGAACUCACCGUCAAGAACCUCAAUGCGCUUACCCGGACUUACAACCUUCAAGCGCCUCCUGUUGCACAAAAGCCUUACCUCAACCUGGAGCGUGAGCUAACUGCGUGUUAUGCCGAGGUGGCCCCAGGCUUGGCUGAAGAGAUUAGACGACGUGCCACCGAAAGAGCUCGCCCGAAAGACUCGGGUCCCAAAGCCGCUGGUAUCCUGGAGACUUUGAGCACCUCGAACAAUGUUCGUGUCUAUGAGGAGGACCAUUCCAAUGGCUACGGAUUCAAGCAAUUUUGGCGGGAUAUUUUCUCGAAGAAGGAAUAG